AUGGGCUUCAUGCAGCAGCCUCUAAUGGAUUACAACAUGAUGGCCAACCUAAAUUUUCCUAAUCCUGGCCAAGGUCCAACUACAAUGUGGGCUCCCAUGCAGACUGGAAAUUCUACUUCCCAAUCAACCAUGAUUCCUGCCUCACAGUCUGCAGUUUAUUGGAACCAUUAUCUGAACUUUGGUUCGAAUACUAUACCUUCCUUACCUGUCAACCUUGACUCAGAUGCUGAACAUAGUGUUCAGGACAUCAAUAGUCCAGAAAAAAAUGCAGCACCUAUUUUGAAAAAUAAGAAGUCGAAGGAACAAAACUUUACAGGUCCUGAAGACCUUCUCCUUUGCACAACAUGGUUGCAAAUAAGCAGUGACCCUAUUGUGCACACUGGACAAAGAAGGGAGGGGCUUUGGGCUCGAAUUGAAAAAAGAUACAACGAACAGAGGGGCCAGUACCCUUGUAGAGUUAACAGAGCACUAAGCAGCAGAUGGGACAAGAUUAGAGCUGAUGUGAGUAAGUUCUCAGGCUACUACGCAAGAGUAUUAAGAGAGAACCAAAGUGGCUUAACUGAUGACGACAAGACUUUAAAGGCGGCAACAUUGUUUGCACACGACGAACAGAAACCAUUCCAUUAUAUGCAUUGCUGGCAUAAACUGAAGGGUGAACUGAAAUGGGAGAGUAUAUGUCAAGGACAUUCCUUCCGAGGCUUAAAUGCAAAAUCUAUUGGAUCUUCAGGUAAUCCAUCUGUUGAGCCACUUGAAACUGAUAGUGGUUCUGCUGGGUUGACAGCCAAACGUCCGAGAGGUCGUGAUUACAGUAAAUCUGAGAGAAAGAAAGGGGCAUCUUCCUCAUCUACAGAGUACUUAAGCCGUUUGCAAGAAAUGACAAAAAAACAAAUUCAGAGGUCAAUUGAAAAGUGUGAAAAGAAAGACAAGAGCACAGAAGAAGACAAGGAAUUUGAGAAAAAGAGGUUGGAAUUGGAAGCACAGAAAGUAAUAAUUAGACAAAGGGAAUUGAAACUUCAAGAACUCGAAUCGGCCCAAUCACGAUUACAGAUGCUGUGUUCAACGAAUGAGGAAGAUGUUGAUCCAGAAGUUUGGAUUCUCAUGAAGGAACAGAAAAAGAAGUUGCAGCAGUUUAUUUUUAAGUUUGAGUAAUUUUUAACGUUGUGUGACAUGGCGUCAAAAUCAUUCCUGGCGUGGAUAGUUUUUAUGUGACAUCUUUGUUCAGAACAUUGUACUUAGUUCGAACCAUAAAUCGUGCAGGACAUAAUAGCUCUAUGUUAUGUCGUCUAAUGUUGUAAUAGAUAAUAAUUCUGCCCAGGAGUGGAACCAUGUUAGAUCAUUAUUUGAAGCAUUUGUAUGUCAUGGAUUUGUUGUGAACAAUUUUUCAAGUGUGUACUGAAUUCGAUUGUUUGCGU